UGAAAAACGCGCAAAAUAUGGAACGCUCACGCCAAGCGUCCUUGGCAUCACAAGAGACAGCGGACCAUGAAGAAGGAACUCACCCUCCUCCUCAUGACGACGCUGGCGCUAGCGAGCGCCAAGCCGCUGCCGUCCUGCGGGACAUGGCAGCCGACGGGCCCCGUGGGCGGCCACUACAAGACGAGCGCGGACGUCUCGGGCGCGAAGAAGCUCAACGUGCACCUCGUACCGCACACCCACGACGACCCGGGCUGGCUCCUCACCGUCGACCAGUACUUUACGCUCGAGGUCGACUACAUCCUCGAGUCGGUCAUCACCGAGCUGCUCAAGAACCCGGAUCGGCGCUUCAUGUACAUCGAGCAGUCGUUCUUCCAGCGCUGGUGGCGCGAGCAGACGCACGAGAUGAAGACGAUCGUCAAGAAACUCGUAAAAGACGGUCGCUUGGACUUGUCGGUCAACGGCGGCUGGGUCAUGCACGACGAAGCGGCCUCUCACUACUCGGUCAUGAUCGACCAGACGGCGCUUGGCCACGGCUUCUUGCUCCACGAGUUUGGCGUUAAGCCGCGCAUUGGGUGGCAGAUCGAUCCGUUCGGCCAUUCGUCGACGCAAGGCUCGCUCCUCUCGGCCGGCGUCGACUUUGACGCGCUCUACUUUGCGCGCAUGGACUACCAAGACUACGAGAAGCGCAAGGCCAACAAGGACCUCGAGUUCAUGUGGUCGCCGUCGCCGUCUCGUCGCGAAACAAUCUUUACGGGCAUGAUCCAGGACGGCUACUACGCGCCCCAUGGAUUCCAGUUUGAGGAGGACGGGCCCAUCAAGGACGACCCGUACCUCCACGACUUUAACGUGUGCAACAAAGUCAAGACGUUUGUUGAGCAGAGCCUCGAGCGCGCCAAGCACACCAAAGGCAACCAUAUCUUUUGGCCCAUGGGCUCGGACAUGACGUACCAGAACGGCCUCAAGUGGUUCAAGAAUAUCGACAAACUCAUCCACUACGCCAACCAGGAAGGCCGCCUUAACGUGUUUUACUCGACCCUCGGCAACUACACGGAUCUCAAGCUCGCCGACAAGUCGCUGCAGUGGUCGACCAAGACGGACGAUUUCUUUCCCUACGCCACUCGAGCGAACGCCUACUGGACGGGCUACUUUACGAGUCGCCCGGGCCUCAAGCGCUAUGCGCGCGUCGCCAACGGCAUCCUUCAGACCAUGCGCCAGCUUGAAGUACACGCGACGACGUCGUCCAAUCUCUUGCAUUUGGCGGCAAGCGUCAGCUUGGUGCAGCACCAUGACGCCAUCAGCGGCACCGAAAAGCAGCGCGUCUCGGACGACUACGCCCAGCGGCUCUCGGAAGGCCUCGCGUCCGCUACCACGCAGCUCAACCAUCUCCUCGGCGCUUUGGAAUCGCCUUUCGCGACGUGUCUCUUGGCCAAUGUGAGUCUCUGUGAGUCCUCGACGUCGGCGGCCGAGACGUUUGAGGUCGUCGUGUACAACCCGCUGCCGUUUGCCCAUACGUUUGGCGUCUCGGUGCCGAUUGAUACGCCGCGCGCCGACGUGGUGUUGGCGUCGACCAAUGCGCACGUGGCGUCGGCGGUCGUGCCUUACGUGCCCGUGCAUUUGGACGCGAAAGCUGCACCGCACACGCUGCUCUUGCAGGCCGACAUGCCCGCGCUGAGUCUUAUGCGCUUCCGCGUGACCAAGACCAAGGCGGUAGCAACGACGUCGACGGCGGCCAACAUCUCGAUCCUCGAGAACGACCACAUCAAGGCCACGUUGGACCUCACGAAAGGCAGCCUCGCGAGUCUCUUGGACAAGGCGAGCCAGACGCACGUGCCGAUGUCGACCACGUUUGGCUACUACCAGUCGUACUUGAAAAGCGACGACGUAUGCUCGGGGGCGUACAUCUUCCGCCCCAACACGAGCACGCUCCAUGCCUUUCCUUCCGUGUCGAGCCACGGCUGCGACGUGGUGCCGCUGCUCCAGUCGUGUUGGUUCCGCUUUGGCAACAUGGGCGUCCUCAGCUACCAGCUCCGUCCGUGGGACACGUCCUUGGUGGUCGAGUGGACGGUGGGUCCAAUUCCGAUCGACGACCACCAAGGCAAGGAAGUGAUUCUGCGCUUUGACUCGAACGUGGCUUCCAACAAACGCUGGUACACGGACUCGAACGGGCUCGAGUACGUCGAGCGCGUUCGCGACUUUCGCGCGACGUGGAACCUCACGCUGCACAACGACGAGGAGCGCGUCGCUGCCAACUAUGUGCCCAUCACGACCGGCGCCUACCUCCGGGACGACAAAGUGCAACUCAACGUCCUCACGGACCGCGCCCAGGGCUGCGCGAGCCUUCAAGAUGGUCAAUUAGAUGUGAUGGUGCACCGCCGCCUGCUUGGCGACGACCACCUCGGGGUCAGUGAGGCGCUCAACGAGACCGAGACGAUUCAACUGACCAACAACCAGCCGCGCACGCAAGGCCUCACGGUCCGUGGUCACUUUUACGUGAGUGUGGGGUCGCACGAAGCAGCGAUCGAGCGCUUGCGCACGACGACGUAUGCACAGUUUGUUUCGCCGCUCGUGGCCCUCCGCGCCGGCUCGGGCACGUUUGUCGAGACGACGCCGCUUGGCGACGUGCAAUGGCCAGCUAACAUUGGUCUCACGGCGUUGCACUGGACGCACCCGCGCUGCCGCCUCGUGCGUCUAAGCCAUCUCUUUGCCAUCCACGAGCACUCGGAGUGGUCCAAGCCGGCGUCCGUGGAUCUGCUCCAGCUCGUGCCUGGCGAGAAGCAUGUCACGGUCAAGGAGCUCACGCUCACUGCCAACGCGGUCAAGGAGCUGUCGCCGACGACUGUGACGCUCCAACCCAUGCAAGUCAAGUCGUUUGAGCUCUGCGUGGAAGGCAAGCAUGCCCCGGUGUACGACGGUGCCCGCUCGUCGCUUGUCGAUGGCCUCGACUUUUAG